UCAUUUGCAUCUGCACCUUCAUCUUCAUCUGAAGAUCCAAGAUGGAGAUGCUCGAUCCAUGUUACACAGCUGCUCAUGGCCUACUACUCUCGCCUGCAUGCAACCACGCGAUGGUAAUAGAGCAGCUCAAUCGUGCGCAUGAGCUCACAAGCCAACUGCAGGCUCUUCUUCUGCCGUUACUUCCUGGCCGUAGCUGGUCGGAGCUUGCUAGGGCUCAGAUCAGAGAGAUGCAACAGUGCUAUACCUCCGCUCUCUCCAGGCUCCAGUCUGAUGCCGGCAGCUGCUGGUCAACGCCUUUGGAUGUACGCAGCGUUGAUGAUCGGAGAGGUUCUGGUUAUUCUUCAGAGGAGAAAAGGAAGAACUUAGACGGGGACUGGCCUGAUAAUCGCAAGCGAAGGAGGAAAGAAAACUCUUACUCGGUAGUCACAUCAGUCCAGUAUGAUGGCCAUCAGUGGAGGAAGUAUGGGCAGAAGUUGAUCCACGGUUCCAAACAUCCAAGAAGCUACUUCAGGUGCACUUACAGCACAGAUCAAGGGUGCCAAGCAAGAAAGACGGUGCAAAAGGAUGAUAGCGAUGCAGAUCCACCCAACUAUCUCGUAGUCUAUACCAUGACACACACCUGCAAGAACGUCGUCGAGACCAACUUCCCUUCCGUGAUGGAAUCACUUGUUGAAAACUCAGCAGCGUCGUAUGACCACCGUAGACCGAGCUCCUUCGUCAUCCAAGACCAGCACCUUUGUCCUCCAUUGGCUGUCACGCCCAACCAUAGCCAGAGUCGUAGCAUCCCAUUGUUCGGUGAUCAAGAGCUGGUGCAUCUGUUACCCUCCGAAGUGACAGGAUCAGUUUUCUCCGGCACAUUUGAUAUGAAGGAUGGGUUAUUGAACUUAGAAUCAACGUGGGAAUCCCUUGAACUGGAUGCAUAUAUGAAGACGAUGGUGGAGAGUAUGUACUAAGAGAUAGCAACUGAUCGAUGUGUGAGUGAGAGGCAUCUUUAGAGUUGGUCGAAGACAUGAAACUCGCUUAUUCUAACUAGUGAAUAAUCAAUUGAUAUGCUUCUUUUUGUAG